UUUGUUUGGUUGCCAACAUAACACAGCGACCAGAAGCUGACUUGUUUGGAGUGACCGAGUCAGAUGGAUUCUUUCAUGUAAUGACCAGUAGUACUGCCCUUAAGUUUGGACAAAAAUACAAUGAGACUUACAUGGGAACAGAUAUAAUAAGAGGGAUAAAUGUUGACCAUUGGAGAGCAUGUUUACAUUGGAAUAGGUCUAAUGCUAAUUUUACUGUUGACUAUUACUUCUCAAAACCUAAUUCUUGGAAGACAUCCUCAGAUUUCCUCACUGUACCUGUUAGAGCAGAUGUGACAGGAGAAUUUAUUCAUGCAGAUGGCGGCAACAAAGCUUUCCACCAUAUUUAUGAAUACCAUGCUUUUGCAGGAAGUCUAGACCUUGAUAGUAAUCCAGCCGUUUUUGAGACACCUCCAGGUGUAAUAUGUCAGGGAAGAAAAAAAACUAAGCCAGUACCAGAUUUCCCUAAACAGUUUUACUAUAGACAAGAACUUGUUGUGUCAGGAAUUGUUACAUAUAUAGAUGUGUGGUAUAUAGAAAAGUAUAAAUAUUUAAGAUACGAUUCCCGUCCACUAAGGCCUACCAAUGCUUUCUAUACAACUAACCCAGUGACAGAAGUAUUGGACUAUAAUACAGGUGUUUAUUUCUAUAAAGAUAAUAUUUUGGGUAAUUGUACGAUAUUACCUCUGAAGAAAUCAUCAUUUGGUGCCAAAUUUAACCGUAAAUUGACAAAUCAAACAGGUGAUUUUAUGUUGGGAAUGCAGAACCCACUGGAAUUGUUCUAUCUGGAUAAAGGCUUUACUUUUGUGGGAACGAGACCCUGUAGAGAACUAACUUGUGAUGUAUUUUCUGCUAUUAAAAACAAUUUUGUAAUAAAUGGACAGUUGGAUACUGCAAAUACUACCAUUGAAGUUUUUUUAUUAUCUACUGAUAGUGGUUUAACUAUUUAUCCAGAGAAUGGUCUACACCUUCCAACAGUUGUACCAGUUAUGAUGACAUUAAAUGCUGAUUCAGUUGGUUAUUCAGAAACAAUACAGUUUUAUGAUUUUGAUGAUAGUGAUCCUGAUAUCUCUGUAUUUGAUGUAUCUUCAUGUUACAAUGAUAUGUCAAAGUUGAAUUUUAAUCUCAGAUUCCCAGGUAGAAUGGCUAUAGACAGACAUAAAGCAACAUUACAGUUGACCCAACUAAAAUUGGCAGAAACAAUGGGAAUUGAAAUAACCAGAUUGCAAAAUUUAAGGAUCGAUAUAGAUUAUGCUGAUGUGUAUAUACAUGCUUCCUUACUUGACCGUACUCCUGCCACAUCUCAAUUUAAUUAUGUUGGGAAUAUAGAAGUAAUAGAUCAAGGAGAUAUGUAUAUUGGAAAUGUCCUCACUCCAAUGCAGUGUGCUGAUCUGUGUAUAAAUGUAAAUUUUACAUGUAACAGCUUUGACUUCUGUCAACAAGACCCACAGAAAACUUGUAGACUCAAUCAAAAACAUGUCUCUGAUGGAUUAAAGACACAAACAAGCAAUGUCUGUGGUCACUUUUCAAGAACAGUGAACGGUCCAAGAAUACCAGAAAAGACCAUACUACAAGCUUAUCAGUCAUUAAGAUUAGCAGUCUAUAGUAAACAGUUUCAAAUACAAGUAGAAAUGGAUAAUCAGGAGAUGUUAUACUAUCUUGCUGUUGAUACAUCAGUAGAGUUUGGUGCUGCCAAACCUACAAUUAUGCCGAAAAUCAGUGGUCAGGUCUCUUACACUCAAGAAGUAGUCAUUCCAAAUUUGGCACAGGUUUAUGUCAGCAAGGUAUGGUAUGACUCUAGCUACAAAUUGGCUAGAUAUGACUACCAUGAUUCUAAAGGUGUACCACCAUUCUAUUCCAUCAAUCCAAUGACGAUAAUACAUGAUUUUAGCACAGGUCUUCAGUAUGUGAUAGACAAGUAUUAUGAGAACUGUACUAUAUCACCAAUCACACCAGGCCAAUACGACUCAGAACUUAAUCCACAAGAGUACAUGAAAGACAAAUCGUAUGUGAUUAAAAUGAAAAGUCCAAUAGAACUAUUCCACUUAAAUACAGAAACAAGAUAUGUAGGACAGAAAACUGUGAGAAAUUUAUUAUGUGAUGUAUUCCUGGGAAUGAUUCAGAGUUAUUCAAUGCCUGGACUGAAUGGUUCACAUCCUGCUAUACUAGAGUAUUAUUUCUUGACAGGUGGUUGGACAGAAGUUGGAAAGGAUGAUGAUGCUAUCAAUCCAUUUGUUCCUGUUAAACUAGAUAUAACUAUUGUAGAUCAAGGUCUCUUCUUUACCUAUAAUUUUUUCAACUUUGAAGUCAGUCAUCCUGAUAUAAUGGUAUUUGAUAUCCAGAAAUGUUAUACAGACAAGCAGCAGCAUCGAUUCCAAAUCAAAUUUCCUGGUCCUUUCCAUCCAUUUAUUGACAUCAAUCGGAAGAUGUUUGUAGAAUUAGCUGUAUUAAUGACCAGUCAAGCUGCUAGUGUUUCUCCACUUCGAGUUCAGGAGGCUAGGAUUGAUCAUGAUGAUGAUAAUAUUUACGUCACAGCAACACUGAUGGACAAACCACCAUUUUUGGCUGAAUUCACAAAGAUUGCAGGGAAGGUGAUGCCACAUAAAUCUGCUGGUUUUUUCGUAGACAUAUCAACAGCAGAUGAUUGUGCUCAUGCCUGUGUUCAGACAAAGAGUUUCCCCUGUAACAGUUUUGACAUUUGUUCAUCAGUACAUUAUUGUUUUAUCAGUACAGGGCAUGUUUCUUUUGGACAACUUGUUAGUAAUGGAUCUAUAUGUGAUCAUUAUUCAAGAACAGAAAACGCUACAGUUAUACCAAGCCCAGACCUUUAUACGGCCUAUAUUAACCUGAAAAAUGAUAUUUACUCAGGAAUCUUAAAAGUUAAUAUACCUACUAUAAAUGAUACUAUAAAAACCUAUACAGCAUUGACAAUAAGGGAUACAAUUUUACAACAGACCAAUGUUCCACAAGGUGGGAGACCACUUAAAAAGUUUAGUCUAUUUAAAAACAAUGUCAUUUACAAACAUAAUGAUGAGAUAUUGACAGGAGUAGCAGUAGAUGAUUGUGCCGUGGCCUGUCUGUUGGAAGAAUUGUUUGAUUGUCAAUCCUUUGAAUACUGUCAAGCUACAGAGAUGUGUUAUCUCAGUAAAGUACAACCAGAUAUAAACACUACAUUACUGGCUCCGAGUGAUUCAUGUAAUCUUUAUUCAAGGUUGUAUUUAGACAGAUAUGAUAAGACCCCAGGUGUGAUGUACACAACCCCAGGGUAUGAAACUAUAACUGGUAUCCAGACCGACAAUUUAUGUGCUCAGCAAUGCUCUAAGGAUCCUGACUGUAAAUCAUUUGACUAUUGUAUCAACACAUUAUCAUGUCAGCUGAGAAGGACGCAUAAACUAGAAAUGCCUAACAACACCAUGACAGUUCAGGCAACCUGUAACCAUUAUUCACGUAAAUAUAUAAAUGAUUUCGUGAUAAAGACUGGCAGAGAUAUGAUGAUAGAUUCUAGUCAGGAGAUCAUUGGUAUAACUGCUGAUCAAUGUGCCAAACUGUGUGUAGAUCAGGAAGCUGGUAACUGUAGGUCAUUUAUAUACUGUGGUAACCAGACUGUGUGUCGACUCAAGUCAAUGCCAUCCAAACAGGCAGUGGUAGCUAGUCAAUAUUGUGACUUAUAUCUCAGAAGUUUUAAUCCAGAUUUGCCACCACCUGCACAAGGAUGUAAUAAUUCAAAUCUACCUCCAUCAAGAUGGACAACAAAUCCUCAUGGUACACAGACACCUGUCAUUACUAAUAGACCAGGGAUAACCAGUACAAAUACCGCCUCAAAAUCAACCAUUACAAAUAGUGCAUUAAAACAAAACAAUAGUAUUUGUUCUCCACAGAAACAAGUAGAAACUAAAAAUAAUCCAGGUGUUAUGGUAGGACUGGCCUUUGGUGUGUUUAUACCAGGACUUAUAUUGGGAGCACUUGUCAUGUAUUUUUAUAAGAAAUACUCAAUCAGAUCUGAUGAUAUGCAUAUGGAACUCAUUACAGAUAAUAAAUAAUUCAUUGAAAAAUCUGACACCAGUCCAAAUAUUCCAGGAAUAAAUGUAUUUUCGCUAAUUUAAGAUGGCCCCUCACAAUAAUGAAGGCCUCAGCACAAUGAGCAGCGAUUUAGACUAAGGACUGCAAACUUAUUUAUUUAAAAAUGUCUUUACAUUGGAAUCUAUCAUUUGUUAAAUAUAUUAAAUGUAAGAAUGUUCAAA